AUGACCUACACCUACCGCCGACGGAAAGACUGGGCCGCCUUCGACUGCGAAGCCGCGGUCGCCAACGCCGUUCCCGAUGAGGAGGACCUCGCCGACUGGGAGUACUGCUAUGCUUGUGACAACACAUCUCGUGGCCCGUGCCAAGAGUGUAUCUACGGCGACGCGGCAAAGGCCGAGGCCGAGGCCGCCCAGGCGGAGGCCGACGCUAAAGCCGCCGCACUAGUUGCUGCUGACGAGGAAGAGAAGCGCCAGAAGGCCGAGAAGGAGGCCCGGAAGGAGGCGAAGAAGGAGAGGAAGGCUCAGGAGAAGGCUGAGAAGAAGGCACGGGAGGAGUGGAAGGCCUACCUCAAGGCGUCCAUGUCCAUGCCGCGCAUCGACGAUACCGACCAGGAGGACUGGUCAGACAGUGAGCGCUACGGCCGCGCCUACGACUAG